AUGUCUUUCUUCCGCUCCUUGCUCCCGGCUUCCCGCCGCCGCCCCGCCUCCCGACCGCCGGCAACAGCGCCGCCGCCGCCGCCACCUGAAAUCGGCAAUGCCGACCAAUCAACCCCUACUCCUGCCGCCGCCAAGGCCGAGCAGCCGUCGCCGUUGCCGUCGCCACCAUCAUUGUCGACUAACGAAACGAACACCGCUAAAAACCGGCCUCAGUCAUCAUCUCCGGCUGCCACCGCCCCACCGAAAAAGGCUGAGCCGCCACGGCCGUCGCCGGCUCCUCCAUCAUCGUCAUCAACGCAAUCGACGAAAGACGAAACGAGUGUCAAUAAAAUCCGGCCUCAAUCCUUGUCGCCGGCUGCUCGAUCCCCGCCGUCGUCGGCAUCGUCCUCCCGCCGCAUGCCGCAAUCCCGAUCGCCUCCUCCGCGCACGCUGUCUCCUCGGCCACGAUCCGUCCCGUCGUCGCCUUCCCGCGCACCGUCCGCGCCAAAAAAGGCCUCGCCGCUCCGCUCUCCUAAACAAACAUCCUCCGACUCUCCGAAAUCCGCAAAAUCGCCGAAAGAGCCGAAAACCUCGUCUCAAGACAUCCCCGGAGAUAUCAAAACGAAACUCGAGUCGUCGUCAAAUCCCGAAGAAAUCAAAGAAGUGAAAGAAAUCAACAACGGUCAGAUCACUGAAUCACGCGCCGACGCCACAGCCAUCGACGAAAAGACCGAAGUUCCAAAACCGGCCGGAGUCGCGGAAAUACGUGACCCAAUGCAUAAGGACAUAAGGGACGACAUCAAAACGCUCGUCAACCGCGUCGGCGAUCCCAAAUUCGCCGCUCCCGACCACCCCGUCAGCGUCAUAACGCUCGCCGGAGAAAACAGGGGAGCCGUAAUGCAAAUGGGGCCUAAUUCGUCCGAAGGGCUCGUCCCGAUCCGCCGGGGCUACAAGAUCGACCAAAGCAACGACGAAAAAAACAAGAACGACGAUGACAAAAACGAAGCGAAUGCUAAUCGAAAUCGACCGGAGGCGUACGUGAACAACAACGUGCAAGCGAUCAACAACACGAUCGUCGUCAACACGUCGAUAACCGAGAGGAACCCGGGAGUUCACAUGGCUAUGGCACAACUCAUCGCGAAGGAACCAAAACCGAGCACGGAGACUGUGCAAAAGGCCGAGUUCAAUGUGGCUCGGCCGGAGAAGCUUACGUACGAGCCCCGGGUGCGGAGACGGUGCCUUAGAGGACUUCUCGUGGAGUCGAGCGAUUCCGACCCAGAAAAUCCUCGACGGCAUGGAUGCCGAGUCGGCGGCGGCGGUGGCGGUGGCAGCGGCGGCCGCCGGUCGUGUGCAAGGGACGAUGAUGGUUCGAGCUGA